UACCUUCUGAAGGUUGGGAUUUUUGUUGUCAGGAUGGCAAAGUGGAGUGUGUGGCGUAGUCCUGUGAUGCUCCCCCUGUCCUGGAUAGAUGAGCUGACUACGACGGGUGUGCGUUAUAGCAGCAGUUUGCCCGUGAUCAGGCAGGCAUAUUCAGAGAGCAGCAGCAGCAUCGUUCGGCCUUUCAAUGAGAUUCCCGGACUGUGGAAAAACGGGGUGGCCAACUUGUACCACUUUUGGAAACUGGAUGGCUUCAAAAACCUGCACCGCAUCAUGUUGCAGAACUUCAACACUUUUGGACCCAUUUACAGAGAGAAAAUAGGUUAUUAUGAAAGCGUAAACAUCAUCAAUCCUGAAGAUGCUGCCAUCCUGUUCAAAGCGGAGGGCCAUUACCCUAAAAGGCUGAAAGUUGAAGCGUGGACAUCAUACAGAGAUUACAGGAAUCGCAAAUAUGGAGUUUUACUCAAGGACGGAGAGGACUGGAGGUCAAACCGUGUGAUUCUCAAUAAGGAGGUGAUUUCCCCGAAGGUGCUGGAAAACUUUGUGCCUUUGCUGGAGGAAGUGGGCGAGGAUUUUGUGGCCAGGGUUCACAAGAAGAUUCAGCGUAGUGGCCAGAACAAAUGGACCACUGACCUUUCUCAAGAACUCUUUAAAUAUGCACUGGAGUCGGUGGGCUCGGUGCUCUAUGGGGAGCGUCUUGGUCUAAUGCUUGACUACAUUGACCCUGAAGCUCAACAUUUCAUUGACUGCAUCACCCUCAUGUUCAAGACUACCUCGCCUAUGCUGUACAUCCCUCCUGCUCUGCUGCGGCAGAUUGGUGCAAAGGUGUGGCGGGACCAUGUGGAUGCCUGGGAUGGGAUCUUCAACCAAGCGGAUCGUUGCAUCCAGAACAUCUACAGGCAGCUACGACAGGACACCAGCUCCUCAAACAAAUACCCAGGAGUCCUUGCUAGGCUGCUCUUGCUAGACAAGCUGUCCAUAGAAGAUAUCAAGGCCAGCAUCACUGAACUAAUGGCUGGAGGAGUAGAUACAACUUCCAUAACUCUGCUGUGGACAUUGUAUGAACUAGCUAGACACCCCAACCUCCAGGAGGAGCUGAGAGCGGAGGUAGCUUCAGCUCGGGCUGAGAGCCAGGGAGACAUGCUUGAGAUGCUGAAGAGGAUUCCACUGGUGAAAGGAGCUUUGAAGGAAACACUCAGGUUACACCCUGUUGCAGUGAGCUUGCAAAGAUACAUUUCGGAAGAUGUCAUCAUUCAAAAUUAUCACAUCCCCCCAGGGACUCUGGUACAGUUAGGACUGUACGCGAUGGGGAGAGACCCCAAAGUGUUUCUCCAUCCGGAGCAGUAUCGGCCCUCCCGCUGGCUGAGGACAGAGACGCACUACUUCAGAAGCCUGGGCUUCGGCUUCGGCCCGCGUCAGUGUUUAGGCCGCAGGAUUGCUGAGACCGAGAUGCAAAUCUUCCUCAUCCAUGUGAGAAAUGCACGCAAUAAAAGGAGGAGCUUCACCAUAUUCUGUGGCAAUUAUACGAUACGUAUAUAUCAUGAACUGCUUGCCUUAUCUCCUGUCUUUUGCAGAUGCUUGAGAACUUCAGAGUGGAGAAACAGCGCCAUGUGGAAGUGCAAAGUACCUUCGAGCUUAUUCUCUUACCGGAAAAGCCAAUCAUCUUGACUUUGAAGCCGCUAAAGACCAAUCGGUAACACCAAGUUAUGAAGAAAAAUCUACUAAAGCCUUCAUAACAUGUUUCAACCUAAGAUGCUGAUGGAGAGCAAAUAAAGACAUUGGGAAUGAAAAAGCUAAACAUUUGGCAUGAACGAAUUACCUCGCGUAUACCAUAACAUGCCAAAAGAAUAAUUAUACCCUAUGUGCAAUGUAUUACUUGAUGUGUGAUCUGAGUAAUGAUGGAAAUGUGAAGUCAGUAUGUACAACUUCUUUAAAAUGUUGAAUUUACACUGAAUGUACAGAGACUAAUUGUUUUAUUAGAUUUGAAAUAACUACCAGUAUCUCUAUAAACCAGUGAUGAAUAAAACUCUACCAAUUCUUAAAAUAU